UCCGAUCGGACUCCAAAAAAGAAUGGACAGAUAUCAGCAUCACGGUCACUGUCAGUCCCACAUCGGCCGCUUUCAGCGGGCAACCACGCCACACCAUUCAUUCUCCCAAACCUCCCAACCCAUCCUUGAUUCCUUUCCCCCCCAGUUUAUCCCCCCUCCUCCUCAAGGAAUCAAGCGAGAUGUCGAACAGAGCCACCCACUGGUGCUACGUGUGCCGGCGGCCGGUUCGCAUCGGCGGCGCCGGCCAAGGCGUCGUCACCUGCCCAAGCUGCAACGACGGCUUCGUCCAAGAGAUGAGCGAGACGGGUCGGAGGGCGACGAGCAGCACGCUCGGGUUCGUCGGCGGGCCAGAGGACGACGUCGUCGACUUCCUCGGCCGGCGAGCCCGGAUGAUGGAGGCGAUCUCCACCUUCAUGGCAACGAUGGGCGAGCACGACGUCCAUGGCGGGCACGGCGGCGCCGGUCCCGUCGUGAUACUCGGCGGCGGCGGCGGCGGCGGCGUCGUGCUGCCUACGCACGCGGGACUCGGCGCCCUCUUCAGGGGAGGCCGCCGUCCCAGCCUGGAGGCACUCCUCGAGCGGCUGCAUCAGCAGCAGCAGCUGGGGAACAGCAGCCAUGGCCCUCCUCCGGCCUCGCCGUCGGCGAUCGACGCCAUGCCCGCGGUGACGAUCAGCCGCCGGCACCUCCACGCCGAGCCGCGGUGCCCGGUUUGCCAGGACGUGUUCGAGCUCGGCGCCGAGGCGCGGGAGAUGCCUUGCAGCCACCUCUACCACGCCGCCUGCAUCGUGCCAUGGCUGGUCCAGCACAACUCCUGCCCCGUCUGCCGCCACCCGCUGCCGGCGCCGUCGCCGUCAGGUUCAACGACGGCGACCGCUUCUGACGGAGCUACCGGCGGCGAGAGGCGAACCAGGCGUGGGUCGCGGACGUUGCUCCGGCCAUUUGGACCGUCUAGCUCUAGCUCUAGCAGGUCCCACUCUCACGAGUGCGAGGAGAGCUCGAGCGACAUGACGGUCUAUGAAGAUCCUGGUCAAGUUAGCCGCAUCCGAUGGCAUUACAACCACUGAGCCGAUUCCAGUCUGAGUGGGGCUCUGGGUGGAUGUGAAUUUGUGAUAGAAAUGAAGCAACAAAAGUGUGAAACUUACGCUGUACAUGCAUUCAAAAAUAAGGCCGUCCAAAAGUGUUAAGAAAGCAGCGGCAUGUAGUGGCAGGAUUACUGGUUUACUACGGUACCCAAA